AUGGCUCACAUCUCUAACUCAAUCUCGUCUGUCGCCACGCUGUUCGCGGGUUCCGGGAGCGCUGGAGAAAUUACCAGUUCAGUUCACGAAAAUGUCGGCUUUCGAUUCGUCCUAGACCGAACUGUGCGAACCUUGUCAGCGAACAAUGUCCCUAUCUCUCGCCAGACAACAGGUCUAUUGUUUGUACCGACGCUGUCUCCAGAUGACCCAUGCAAUGAGGUUCUUGACGCAUAUAUCCCAGAGACUGUCAUCCGUCUGGAGGACAUCGUGGCAUAUGACUAUCCAUAUAUCGGUAUAGCACCGUGGUUAUCUGUGGAAUGUGCUCAGUCGUUCUUGGCAGCUUCGAGGAAUGCCGACGUGGAUGCUCUCAUUUUUUUCAAAAUCGAGAACGAGUCAACCAUUCCACCGGGUGUGGAUGAUGAGAGCUGGAGCCUCAAUGACCACGAGCAAUGGAAAGACGAGAACCAGUAUCCAGUUUACGCGAUUCCCGGGCUUGCGGCUGCGACUCUGAUACAUGACCUAGCAUGGGUCUCCAACAUAGGAACAUACCCUACUCAUCCAGACAGCGAAGCGAUUUCUCUUAUUGAAAAGAGUGACAUUAAACUGUUUGUGAUGAUUUCCAACGAGAAGCACUCGGACUCGCACGUUGUCCGCUCCGGGAUUAUUGCGAGUUCUGUUGUCGGAGCUGCUGUCCUCGUGAUUAUUGCGUGUGCCGUUCUCUGCAGAGCACGGUGCAUACGAAGACGUGUGGGGCAUACAUAUACUGAAGGCUUUGGGAUGAGGAUGAUGCUCCGACAUACUCCACCUCCACUAGCAGCAGUCGUACAGCAGCGGCUCCCAAGCAGAACGCCGCCAGAAAUUGUUCAUCAAAUUCCCCUUUUCAGUUACGACGGAGCAGAUAUUACGCCUGUCAUGGCUGUUGCCAAGAAUGAGAUUGGAAACGAGGUCGUCGAAAUUGUCAACAACUUGGAUCUCGUGGAUCCGAGCCAAGCUGACUCGAGGGUAGUUGGGAUCCGUAUACCACCACGAGCUUGGUUGAUCGGCCCAGAACCUGAACUCAGACUGGCCUCACCGACCGGCUAUCGGCAAAAUCAUUUGGAGCAGGACUGCGUUGUAUGUGCCUCUUCAUUCGAUGCCGGAGCUUGUGUACGGGAGCUUCCAUGCGGACACAUGUUCCAUCAAGGCUGCAUUGACCAGUGGCUCUUGACGAGGAGUCACGAGUGUCCCUUGUGCAAACGAAGCGUCAUCACCACAGUUCUAACCUCGCCAUCGACUGAACAAAAUGCCUAG